AUGUUCUGGAAGAACGAGCCCCCGGGCGAGCAGCCACCGGCUGAGGCCCAGCCCGACGGGGAGGCUCUGGCCGGCGCCCUGGAGAAAGAGGAGGCGCGCUCGGGCGCCAGCACCCCCUCCACGCCCUCCGUCUGCUCGCCGCCCUCCUCCGCCGCGUCCUCGCUGCCGCCGGGGGCCAAGAGCCUCUGCUCCAGCUGCGGCCUGGAGAUCGUGGACCGCUACCUGCUGAAGGUGAACAACCUGACCUGGCACGCGCGAUGCCUGGAGUGCUCGGUCUGCCGGACGCCGCUCCGCCAGCAGAGCAGCUGCUACGUCAAGAACCAGGAGAUCUUCUGCAAGGUGGACUACUUCAGUCGGUUUGGUACCAAAUGUGCCCGCUGCGGGAGGCAAAUCUACGCCAGCGACUGGGUGCGGAGGGCUCGGGGCAACGCCUACCACCUGGCCUGCUUUGCCUGCUUCUCUUGCAAGAGGCAGCUCUCCACCGGAGAAGAGUUUGGGCUGGUGGAGGAGAAGGUCCUGUGCCGGAUUCACUACGACACCAUGGUGGAGAACCUCAAGCGGGCAGCCGAGAACGGGAACGGCAUCACUUUGGAAGGGGCCGUCCCCUCCGAGCAAGACAGCCAGCCAAAGCCUGCCAAGCGAGCCCGGACCUCCUUCACGGCCGAGCAGCUGCAGGUCAUGCAAGCCCAAUUCGCUCAGGAUAACAAUCCAGACGCCCAGACUUUGCAAAAACUGGCAGACAUGACUGGGCUCAGCAGGAGAGUUAUUCAGGUUUGGUUUCAGAACUGCAGAGCCCGGCACAAAAAACACACCCCUCAACACACGGUGCCGCCCUCGGGGGGCUCCCAGUCCCGCCUCCCUUCCGUGCUGCCGGAGGACCUCCACUACUCCCCGUUCAGCGGUCCAGAGCGGGCCAGGAUGGUGACCCUCCACAGCUACAUAGAGAGUCAGGUCCAGUGUGGACAAAUGCACUGCCGCCUCCCCUACGGCACCCCCCCUGUGCACCUAAAAGCCGACAUGGAAGGAGCGCUCUCCAGUAGAGGGGAGAAGGUGAUCUUGUUCCAGUAUUGA